AUGAAUUCUGCUCCAGCUUUACCAAUAUACUCGCAUAUGGAUUUAUUCAAUGAAAGUCUAUUUGAUUUGAAACCUGAACAGCAGCUUCAACUAGAUUCUACAUUGAAAGGAGAACUACCCUUAGAGUUCAAUUUCGGUUUUGAAGGUGGGAAUGACUUCCAAUAUUUAGAUCAAAGAGAAGAAAUAUUACCUCUUGGUGAAAUUAAUUCAAGAAGUGUAUCUGAUUUCAGUCUCCAAUCUCAAAUCACAUCAGAACAAAGCUCACCCGCUAGAAGGUUUUCCAAUACGUUUUUAAUUGAAUCUGCCAGUAAGAAACGUAAGAGAGAAAAUUCCUUACUUAGAAAUGAAUCACAUAGAACAAAGACUUGGAGUGUACUUAAGUUCUCACCCAAGAGAAUAUCGAACUCUGUUAAGAGAUCACUUGAUGAUGAAUUUGAAGUACUUGAUGAAUAUAAAACAUGUUACUACGUUAAUGCAAGGAAUCCACCCAAUCCAAGAAAAAGACGAGAUCCAUUAGACUUGGAAUGGAAACCUAUAUCUAUCUUCAAAGUGUAUACAAAUGUUGCCCCCAUGGAAGUAGAAGACACCAACUACCAUGACAACAUUCCUACUACAUCUUGUUUUGGACAGAUAAACAUGAGAAUCAAGGGGGCAUGGAAGAGAUCAAAGUAG